CUUUCCCUUCUCACUUCUCUGCAAUUCCGAGCUUUCUCUCCUCGAGCCGAUGGCGAACAGGUGGUUGAGGCCCGAGGUGUUUCCGCUGUUCGCAGCCGUUGGUGUGGCUGUAGGAAUUUGUGGAAUGCAGCUGGUGCGAAAUAUCCGCAUCAACCCUGAAGUCAGGGUGAACAAGGAGAACCGGGCGGCAGGGGUUCUGGAGAACUAUGCCGAGGGACAGAAGUAUUCUGAGCAUUUCCUAAGGAAGUAUGUUCGCAACAAGGCUCCUGAAAUCAUGCCGUCGAUCAAUAGCUUCUUCUCGGACCCAGGCAAAGCUUAAACUGCUCAAGAGUCAUGAAGUUUCUUACUUGAAAAACUCAUGCCUUACGUAAUAGGGGGUUGUCUUGCUUUUGUAAUACGUGUUUGAAACUCUCUUAGUUGAUAGCGUUGAACUGGAAAUAAUGUAAAAUAAGCAAUGGUAAUCUUUAUUAUGAAAUCCAUUUCAUAUUGUUA